AUGGAAAUUUUUUAUCCUAUUUCUUGUAUUGGUAUGAUUUUCAGUAUCAUUCAGAUUUUUCUGAACUUUCGAAUUGUUCUUCGAUAUUUGCUGUAAGUCAAUAGAAUUCCGGAUUUUUCUUGAAAAUAAUGUUUUUCUAGAAGUUCUUCUACGUGGAAGAAAAACGAUUUCAAAUUGAUUACUGCCCGAACAAUUUUAGAUAUUAUUGUUGGACUUGUUGCUUUCACACUUUUUCUUGUAACAAUGUUAUGUGACUUGUUGCCAGAUAUUGUACCCAGUGAAAGUAUUUUCUAUGUCGGAUUAUUGGCAUCUAACAUAGCUAUAGUUCGUGGUUUAUUAGCAGCAAGUAUUGCUAUCGAGAGAUCUUGUGUUAGUUCUUCGAAAACAAUUUUGGGAAGAUAAAUCAGAAAAUUUUAGGCUAUCGUAUUUCCACUGCAUUUCAAACAAUAUCGAAAAGUUUUCACAAAUCUUGGUUUUUUAACAUUCUUCAUAUUUUUCGCGAUUUUCGACGAUUUUAUGCUACUCUAUGUUUUUGAUAUGGAAUUCCCCUUGAAAUCGGAUUGUCGUAUUUAUGCUUGUUUUAUUCCUCGAAGUUAUGCUAAAUAUGAAACUAUUAUUUUUUUGAUAAUUAGUUUGAUCACUUAUUUUUUCUCAAUUUUUCUAUCAAUUAACAUGUUAAUAAAGUAUUAUCGAAGUGUCAAAUUAACUAAUGAUAUGUUGAAGGUAAACUUAAUUUAUUAUUAUUUUUUUUUGAAACUUUAAUUAUUCAUAUGUAGGUGAAUUUACUGUGUAUCACUGAUCUAAUCUGUCAAAUCUCAUUUGAGUUCAUUCCUGCUCUUAUUGUUCAAGUUGUCCGAAUUCAAAAUAAUGUUGGACCAUUGAUGGCACUUUUACGAUCAAUUGGAAGAGUUGUGGAAGCAUUAUCAAUUUUUCAACUUAUGAGAAAAAAUGGAUCUUAUGGAUCAGCUCGAUUAGCAUGGGAAACAGCUUCUUAA